GGCGCUCAGGCGGUGGCGGCGCUGCUGGCCCCGGGCCACUCGGCUUCUCGGCUCGCUUCCCAGCCUCUCCUGAGCCCGCCGGGGCCCGCGCCGGCCAGCGCCUGCCCUAUGAGUGUGUCACUGGUUGUCAUCCGACUCGAGCUCGCGGAACACUCGCCGGUCCCCGCCGGCUUCGGCUUCAGCGCCGCCGCUGGGGAAAUGUCUGAUGAGGAGAUCAAAAAGAAGACACUCGCUUCCGCAGUGGCCUGUUUAGAAGGAAAGUCCCCCGGGGAGAAAGCUGCAGUCAUCCAUCAGCACCUCGGCCGUCGAGAAAUGACGGAUGUGAUCAUUGAAACCAUGAAGUCCAACCCAGGUGAACCCAAGGAUGCCGUGGAACAAAGGAAGUCUGCAGAAGCAUCUCCCUCUGCCCAGAAAAGCAAAGACUGCAUGACUGCCACUCCUGACUCCCCAUCCAAACAGCUUCCAGACCAGAUAUCGUUCUUCAGCGGAAACCCUUCAGUUGAAAUAGUCCAUGGUAUCAUGCACCUGUACAAGACAAACAAGAUGACCUCCUUAAAAGAAGAUGUGAGGCGCAGUGCCAUGCUUUGUAUUCUCACAGUCCCUGCUACGAUGACCAGCCAUGACCUCAUGAAGUUUGUCGCCCCCUUUAAUGAAGUAAUUGAACAAAUGAAAAUCAUCAGAGACUCUACUCCAAAUCAGUACAUGGUGCUGAUAAAGUUUAGUGCACAGACGGAUGCCGAUAGUUUUUAUAUGGCAUGCAAUGGCCGCCAGUUCAACUCCAUAGAAGACGACAUUUGCCAGCUGGUGUACGUGGAGAGGGCGGAAGUGCUGAAAUCGGAAGAGGGCGCCAGCCUCCCAGUGAUGGACCUGACUGAGCUCCCCAAGUGCACAGUGUGUCUGGAGCGCAUGGACGAGUCUGUGAAUGGCAUCCUCACCACGUUAUGUAACCACAGCUUCCACAGCCAGUGUCUGCAGCGCUGGGACGACACAACGUGUCCCGUGUGCCGGUACUGUCAGACGCCAGAGCCAGUAGAAGAAAACAAGUGUUUUGAGUGUGGUGUUCAAGAAAACCUUUGGAUUUGUUUGAUAUGUGGCCACAUCGGAUGUGGACGGUAUGUCAGUCGACAUGCUUACAAGCACUUUGAGGAGACACAGCACACGUAUGCCAUGCAGCUCACCAACCACCGAGUCUGGGACUACGCUGGAGAUAAUUACGUCCACCGACUGGUUGCAAGUAAAACAGAUGGGAAAAUAGUCCAGUAUGAGUGUGAGGGCGAUACUUGCCAGGAAGAGAAAAUAGAUGCCUUACAGUUAGAGUAUUCAUAUUUACUAACAAGUCAGCUGGAAUCUCAGCGAAUCUACUGGGAGAACAAGAUAGUUCGGAUGGAGAAGGACACAGCAGAGGAAAUUAACAACAUGAAGGCCAAGUUUAAAGAAACGAUCGAGAAAUGCGAUAACCUGGAACAGAGGCUGAGUGAUCUCCUGAAGGAGAAGCAGUCUGUGGAACGCAAGUGCACUCAGCUAAACACAAAAGUGGCCAAACUCACAACUGAACUUAAAGAGGAGCAGGAAAUGAACAAAUGUUUGCGAGCCAACCAGGUCCUCCUGCAGAACAAGCUGAAGGAGGAGGAGAGGGUGUUGAAGGAGACCUGUGACCAAAAAGAUUUGCAGAUAACAGAGAUCCAGGAGCAGCUGCGCGAUGUCAUGUUCUACCUGGAGGCGCAGCAGAAGAUCAACCACCUGCCUGUUGAGGCACGCCAGGAAAUCCAGGAGGGACAGAUCAACAUCCCCGUGGCUGCUGCCUCCAGCCCCUCCUCCUCAGGGGGCCCUGGGAAGCUGCCCUCCAGGAAGGGCCGUAGCAAGAGAGGCAAGUGACCCUCCGAGAGACAGACCUCCUGAGACUGGGGUGUGCCGGGACCCUCAGCUCCCUGUGCGGGUGGGCCCUAAUAAGUGCAAGUGAGGAUCUCGCCACAGUUGUUCGGCUUUUUCAUUUGCUAGCGUGCGGUGUAUUGAAUGUAGAGGGUGCCGACUGGGAGAGCUGAUGGAAAGUUGAAUAGUUCACUAACCUCAGACGUUCUGAUGACCACUUUGCCUUCCUGCUUGGUAGAUGUCCCAACUCUGCUGUUCAUUUUUCUCUUGUAUUUAUUGAGUUGGUAUUCUUGACAUGCAGUUCUGCAGUUCUGGGGUAGGUUUAAGACAUUAAAGGUUUUUUCUUUUUUUUUUUUUUUGUAACCUCAAAGGUAUUGUUACCUAGCACUAAAGCACCACACCUCCCUGAGGUGGCCACAGCUGUUUUGAAGGUGGUUCCCAUUGGCUACGGAGAAGUUAGGAAAAUUCCCUGCCCUUAGUCUCCUGUCAUUGUCAUCCCUCCCUCCCUUCCUCCCUCUGGGGAGUUAAAGAAUUGUUUGAAUGUUGGAUGAAAAGAGACUGGGGUUGUAAAGCUCGCACUGGCCUGUGGCCAGCAGCCAUCCUUCUUGCUCUCAGGCUAGCCAGAAAGCACAAAUCACUGGGGGCCGACUGAGUAGACCCCGUGUCAGAAAAAAUGGUGGCAGUUGCACUUUGUUUACUUCUGGUGACCCCACACAUCAUUAUGAACCUCAGAUAAGAAAGGAGGCUUCAUGGCUGCUCCAACACUCAGAUCUGAGUGGAUUUCCUAGCAUCUAGCAACAAGAAGCAGGGAGAUUUACCAUCUCUGUGGAAAUGGAGGAGGCCUCUGACGAGCUAAUUAUGCAUUUUGCUGGGAUCAGUGUUUUCUGAAUGUUUACAGAAGAUUAGGCUGCAGGUUCAGGUUGCAGCUAGAGGGAGCUUGGGCAGAUUGCAUUUAUGCUUUCACGGUAGAGCCAAAGGCUGAUUCUGAAUCCUACCAUGGGGAUUUCCGCAGAGCCCCCUGCACAGCAGUCAUGCGCUGCUUCUCUGGGCCAGCAGAGGCUGGGUCCUUUCUCCAGAGCCAUAAUCAUCCAGCAAUCCGUAACUUACAGAAAUGGAGCCAAUCAGUCCAGGCCCUUGUUGGAAGUUAGCUUCUAGGUGAGGUGGCUGGAUAGGUUAACAAGAUGAACCAUUAAAUGAUGGGUUUUGUUUUCUGCUUUAUAAUUAGCCAAAGGUUUCCAGUGACCGCAUUUCAGAAGUGUUUAGCCUGUGAGCAGGCCUCGUCCCCUUUGAUGUCCUGUGUGUCUUACAUGUUACUUGUUAAUGCACCAGCUGGAUCCCCAGUGCCAUCCAUCUCUAUGGGACUUGCUGCAGCAUUUCCCCAAAAAUGUUCCCUGUAACUUUGCAGAAUGAAUGUACUCGGAUGUUCCUAACCUUCGCUAGGGCACACCAAUCCGCAAGUCCUCCUGGGGCUUGAUCACAGCUGUCCUAGAGCAGGAGAGGGGAUGUAAAGCAGACCCUAACUCUCCUGCCUAUAGAGAUUCUAUUUUAUUUAAAUCUAUUUUUACACUAGUUAGAACCCUGCUGCUUUGGCCGAGGGCGUGUCUUGCACGUGUGACCUUGAGGAAUUGCAGCACGCUAAGGAAGAGAAUUAGAAGCCGUUUACAAAGCACACGCUCAUUUCUCUGAUUGCUCCCAUCAAGCAGCCCCACCACCAGCUGGGAAACGGAGCCUUUUGGCACAGGUGGGAUAGAGCUCCCAAAGGCCGUGCCCAGAGCAGUGCGCAGAUCAGCAAAGGUUUCCAGAUUAGUUGAAGGUUUCAGAAUGUUCCAGAAAAAAAGAAAAAUCUUAACAAAAUGUGUAAAGAAAGUGUUUUUUAAGAAGGGCCAAAGAGUCAUGUUUAAAUUUGACACAGUAACAUAAGAUAGAAGCCGUUAGUGUUCUCUUCAAGAAGUGAACCAGUUAAUACACCCCUAUGACCUUGAACAAUGACAUUGCAUUAAAAUUACCAAACU